UCUGUACGUUUGCGUUUGUAAUGGCGCGUACCAAGCAAACAGCCCGCAAGUCCACCGGCGGCAAGGCGCCGCGCAAGCAGUUGGCUACCAAAGCCGCCCGCAAGAGUGCGCCGGCCACCGGCGGCGUCAAGAAGCCGCACCGCUACCGGCCCGGCACCGUGGCGCUGCGCGAGAUCCGCCGCUACCAGAAGUCCACCGAGCUGCUGAUCCGCAAGCUGCCGUUCCAGCGCCUGGUGCGCGAGAUCGCGCAGGACUUCAAGACCGACCUGCGCUUCCAGAGCUCGGCCGUCAUGGCGCUGCAGGAGGCGAGCGAGGCCUACCUGGUGGGGCUGUUCGAGGACACCAACCUGUGCGCCAUCCACGCCAAGCGCGUCACCAUCAUGCCCAAGGACAUCCAGCUGGCGCGCCGCAUCCGCGGGGAGAGGGCGUAAAUUUUGUUCCAUACAAGUUCUAAGCCGAACCCAAAGGCUCUUUUCAGAGCCACCCACCUUUUUCCUGGAAGAGCUGAGCAAUGGUCUUAAAUGUUCCCUCAAAUUCUUAACCCACGAAAGUUAUAGUUAAAUGUCUUCACUUUUUUCUUUUUAGUAAAUGCUUACAAGGUUAUCCUGACCUUUUCUAGAGGUUUCAGAGGCAGAGUUGUGGGCAGGGGGCGUGUCGGAAAUUUUAAAUUUGACAUAUGUCAAGAGAACCCAAGACUUGAAGCGGAUAGGCCUGGAAUAGGAAAAUGCAUAGAAUACCUUUAAGUAGAUUGGUUCCUAUCCCAAGGUUGCAGCUUCUCAGAAGGAACCUCGAAUUUUAUAUUAAGGUACAGUGUGAUUACUAAGGCUUUGAUUGUUUGUUUUUGCGUUUCCUCUUUUAUGCUCCGUUGUCUUGUUGCUGGGAAUUCAAUGCAAGACCUUGUGCAUGGUAGACCAUCCUAUCAACACCGAUCCAAAACGCCAAUCCUAGAUUAUAUUUCUCUCCCUUUUUAAAUUUUUUAUUUUUGGAAAUCUUGUCCUAUGAGUUUGUCAAGACUCUUCACAUUAUCAGCUCCAAGAGACUACAUCUUUGUUUAAAAUCUAAAAUAUCUUUUUGUAUUUUCAAUUGAUUUCAAUCUAAUUAUAUCCUCUUCUUGACUUCUCAUGAAUUCAACUGCUUGAUUCUUUUGAUCUUAUCCAGGAAAUCUGUUGCAUAUUAUGGGCAGGGACAGGCUGUUUUGGGAUUUCUCCAUUAGAACAACAGUAGCAGAUGUUUGGAACAAUAGUUCAUCAGUUCAAGUGAGUCUUUUUUUUAGGCCCAAAAAUCAACAUAGUGGUGUUUUUGGGACGUUAAUUUUGGGAGUUCAAGUGUUCAUUUCUGUAAGGAAAUGGGAAAGGGAAUUGCCAGUAAUCUUCCUGAGAUUAUUGUUGAAACAGUAGUUGAUUUCAGGGGCAAUUAAGUGGAAACCAUAAAGGAAAGAGGA